AGGUCAAUGUAAAAGAUGAAAGUAUUUCAAGCAACAUGAGCUCUGAACCUUCAUCAUCAAUCCAAGCAUUAGAAGAGACUUCCUUACACCAUGGAUUCAUUGGAAGGUAAAAGAAGUAAUUUAACCCAUUGAGCACAACCACUUACCACUCCAUGAGUAAAAUGUAUGAAGGCCAGGUGGAUAGCGCUAUCUGGCCUUCAUACAACUGGCCCCUGAUCAUUAAAUUGGAUCCAAAAAUUUAACUGAUUAGAUUGUAGUGUUUGCUAGUUUUCCGCAAUAUUGAAAUAUUUAGUGUGACUGUGUCAGCAAAAGAGGGUGAUGGAAGCAUACAUGCUGCAAUUCAAACUCUUGUCAGACAUUUAUUGCUCAAGAAAAUGAAACUUACGAAUAAAGAUGUCAUCUUGAAGAAUCUUUUUAAUAUGAACAAGAAGCCAGAAGAAAUAAAUGAUGAUUCAGAGACAUUUCUACCAUUCUUGAAAACUGGGAUUAACGAGGUUUUUAUUUUUAGUUUUUUCUCCCCCUAUCCUUUAAUCGUUAUGCGAGAAGAGUGCUCUCUGUUUGACCCUAACAAACACCCCAGCUUUUUCAAAUGCCAAAACUCCGUUUUCAAAUGCCAGAACUCCGUUUUCAAAUGCCAGAACUCCUUUUCAAAUGCCAGAACUCCCUUUUCAAAUGCCAAAACUCCCUUUUCAAAUGCCAAAACUCAGUUUUCAAAUGCCAAAACUCGGUUUUCAAAUGCCAGAACCCCGUUUUCAAAAGCCACAACUGCGUUUUCAAAUGCCAGAACUCCGUUUUCAAAUGCCAGAAGUUGCAGAACCCCGUUUUCAAGCAAUCACCACAGCUUUCCUCUCAAACAAACAAUUCAUAAAUCUAAUCUCACGAGUGUCAUAUAUUGGGAUCUGUACUUAAAGCCAGUUACCUGCAAGUGACUUAAGUAUAACUUCAAUUUAGUUUUGGCCACUAAAAGGCGAUGUCUAAUUCCCCUAUAGUUGGAUGAUAUUUUCAAUCUCUGUGAGCAACCGAUGAAGACAGUGGAGCAAUGCAGUCAUGAAUACAUCAAAGUGGUAAAUAUGUUCAAAAAAAGUUGUUGCGUCACUGACUUGACUCCAAGUACGAGAUCAAGUAUUGAAGAAUGCAUCAUGGGAUUGAAAGAGGUGAUGACAAAUGAUGAUGGCAAAUGUGGUUUGAAGGUUUGUCAGAUGCUGUUUAUCUUAAUAAUUUCUGUUCAUUACACUGUAAACAAAUUAAUUAUUUCCUUGUAGGAAUGUACAGUAUAUAGUGAUAAAAAACCUAUCCGGGACCUUGGGAUGAGUUAAGGUGGCUCUCUAAUGUCUCUCUAUUAUUUUUCCAUGCAGUGUAUUGAUGAUGGUGGCUACUUGAAAUUUGUCAUUCUGGAGGAUGUGAUUGAGGAUAUUCCAGGUCCAGUGAACAAAAUACUGCGUCUCUUUCAUACUAAGGUUGGUACAGAACAUUGCCUCUCAUUUCUCAGAAGAGUACAUCGCAUCCCCUGCACUCAUGUCCAUCCCCUCUAAAAAUCGUGUAUGUAGGUGGAGGAAUUACGUAGGGUCUAGGAAAGUUAGGGAAAUUGUGGUCCAGUGUAGGUAGUAUUAGAUACAAAAAGAUACUCAUGUGGUUUGUGUCUGAACUACCUGAAAAAGGUAUCUCAAGUGUGGGGUUCAGUAUACAGUAGGUAUAUAUAGCAGGGCUUGAAUUUUAUCGCGGCAAUUGCCGUAGAGGGAGAACAAAAUGCCGUGGAUCAUUGCGGCAACGACGGCAAUUUUUUGCCGCGUAUAGUGCAAUUUUUAUACUAUUCACUUUGCAUUACUAUUUUGAUACUUGAAUUCAGAUGUUGAUCAAAUCAUGCGUAAAUCACUAUUUUACUUUUAGUCUCAGUUUUCUUCGAAAAAAAAACACUAAAGAAAUACGUAAACAUGUUUUUAGCUUGUCAAAAAUCCAAAGUAACAAUAAAAUUAAAGUUUUAUUACAGUAAUUUGAAAAAUGCCGUGGAAACUGUCAAAAUUACCGUAGACAGCUGUUACGUUCUACGGCAAUUUUUAACGCCAUUGCCGUCGAUUGAUUACAGGGAAAUUCGAGGCCUGAUAUAUAGCAUGGUUUAAUAAACUGCUGUGAUUGCUAUUUGUUUUAGUAAAUGGCCUUCAUUAAGAGAACAUUACUCAUUAGCCAAUGCCUUGAUUAGUUGAUUUAAACCUGCAUGUGUUUGUUUCUAAUAACAAUAGUCCAUAUUAUUUUUUUUUAUCAUCAAUUUAUAAUUAAACAUGGCUUUAUUUUGAUUAAAGUUUGUUUUUUACAGGUAUCUGUUGCGGCCAAGAACGUUCUUACGAAAUGCUCAAGCGCCCAUGGAACGCUCAAAGAUUCUGAAACACAGUUAGACGAUCUUCUUAAUUCAUUUGAAGAAAUUGCUUCGCGUUCAGGUCUGUCUGUAAAAUCACAGAAAAAGUCCUGGAUUGAUGUUCAAGCCAACAAAACUCGAGUUACAGAAGCACGUUCGACGGCCAUGGAGAGUUUACAAGCUGUAGAGAACGACUGUACAAAAAUUAAAGCUGCCAUGCUGUGGUGAUUAUCGUCCACCACACAUGAG